CUUUAAACACUACAAGACACUGGCAAGGACAACGACCACACUUCCCUUCCAUUCAUACCUCGCAAUUCCACAGCUCAGCCGCCAGAAUGCCCACCUAUCCCGGCUCCUGCUACUGCCGCAACAUCACCUAUGACCUCUCGCUCUCCUCCCCGGACGACGCCCGCACAUCCCUCUGCCAUUGCAGCAGCUGCAAGAAAGCAUUCGGCACCAACUACGGCCUAACAGCCAAGGUUUCCAAGGACGCGCUCACGCUAAAAUCCGGCCAACCGAAGGAAUUUGUCGGGGACAAUGGCUCGGGAUCGACCAUCCAUCGGGAGUUCUGCGGGGAUUGUGGAAGCUUUAUUCUCGAAUAUGGGGAUGCGGUGAAGAAUGAUUUCCGUUAUAUCUGCGUGGGGACGUUGGAUGACCCCGAGGUUCUGCCGCCGAAGGGGGAGUUCUUCUGUGAGAGUCGAGCGAAUUGGAUGCCGGAGAUUCCUGAUGUUUUUCAUAAGCAGAAGAUCAAGGAGUAAUGUCGGGUU